CCCUUGCCCAACCAAGCCGCCCCAUCUUGCGGCUCUCCCCGGGCGGCGCAGCGGGCGGCGGCAGUCUCGGGCGACGUUUGCCAUGUCUGAUCAGCUCUCCUACCCAGACCUGGUGCUGGACCCGUCGAUUCGGGACUGGGUGCUCAUUCCCAUCUUUGUCAUCAUGUUCCUGAUGGGCAUCCUGCGCAAUAACGUCACGAAAAUGAUGCGGUCGAGCGAGAAGACCAAGCGCGACACGGUGCAGCAGAACAACUUGCUGAUGCGCGCGCGGCGCCUGCGAGCCAACGCGGGGUGGGUGCCCGCUGCGGCGUUUGCAGCGCGCAAACACCAUUUCUGUGACAAGGAGAAGGGCCUGUUGAUGCAGAAGCAGGACGCGCCCAACCCGAUGGCCGCCAUGUCGGACCCGAACAUGAUGAGCAAGAUGAUGCAGGGCAACAUGGCGAUGAUGGUGCCGCAGAUGCUGAUGAUGGUGAUCAUCCCGCACUUCUUCUCUGGCUUCGUGCUGGGCAAGAUUCCCUUCCCGCUCACCCCCUCCUUCAAAGGGAUGCUCCAGCGUGGGGUGAACCUGUCGACGCUCGACACCGCCUACAUCACCUCGAUGUCAUGGUACAUCCUCGCAAUGUUUGGCAUGCGCGGCCUCUACUCGAUCGUGCUCGGCGCCGGCUCAACGACAGAUGACUCUGCGCUCAUGCAGCAGCAGAUGGGCAUGGCGGCAGGCGGCGGCCAGCCGGGGCAGCAGCCCGAUUACAACAAGCUCUACGCGACCGAGGCGGAGAACCUGCAGAUCACCGAGCACAAGUUCCACCUCUCUGCUGCGGAGGAGAAGCUGCUUCGCGGCGGCAAAGCCGAUGGCGUGACAGCCAGGGGCAAGGCGAAGCGCGCGUGAAGAGGACUUUGCCGACCAGCCUGGCGGAAAGCCGUCGACCGCAUGGUCGUACGGCUCGUGUUGCUGCUGGUACACUGCGGCUCUCUCGCGGUUCUCCCGUUAUUUGUGUCGAGCUGCAACUCGCUGUCGUCGGCUGUCGCUUUCGCUUUUUGGCUUUUCCCCCUCCCUGUAUAUGUUUAUCUUCACACUC